AUUGGGUCCAGCGCUGAUGGGUGGACUGAAUAAAUAGCAGAGAGAUGCGGCUGAGGAUGAGAAGAGUGGAGGAGCAACAGAGGAAGUAGGAGGCACAGUCUGUAGUAGCUGCUCACAAUAACUCACUGCAACUGGACUUUGACUGAGCAGCAUCCCAGCCCUCUCUUCACUCCUUCGUUGUAGCUUUUUUAUACGCUUUAUCUGCCACUUUUGUGUAUGACUGUUGUUAGCGUCUCGUGCGUGCACUGUACGUCAAGUUUGUUCGCGUGACCCUGUACCUUUCCGCUGCAAACAGGUUAAAAAGACGGAGACGUUCCCUGCUUAUUUGAACACACUGAAAGCUCGCUCAAGAUGAUGAUAAUUCUCGCGGAGUUCUUCGUGGUCAUCUUGAAGGUGCUGUGGGCUUUUGUCACCGCCGGGGCGAAGUGGGUUGUGCGGCCCAAGGAGAAGAGCGUGGCGGGACAGGUGUGCGUGAUCACUGGGGCUGGAAGCGGCCUCGGGCGGCUCUUCGCCAAGGAGUUCGCCCGGAGACGAGCGAUAUUGGUGUUAUGGGACAUAAACAGCCAAAGCAACGAGGAAACAGCGGAGAUGGUGCGGCAGAUUUACCACGAGCUGGACACUCCCAUUACCAAAGACGGACCUGUUGGAGGCGUAGAGGAGGUCCCUCCUUUCCAGCCACAGGUCUACACCUAUGUAUGUGACGUGGGAAAGCGGGAGAGUGUGUAUUCCACAGCCGAGAAGGUCCGCCGAGAGGUGGGAGAGGUGGAUAUACUGAUCAACAACGCCGGCGUUGUCUCCGGCCAUCAUCUUCUGGAGUGUCCUGAUGAGCUGAUCGAGCGCACCAUGGUGGUGAACUGCCAUGCGCACUUCUGGACCACCAAGGCGUUUCUCCCCAAGAUGCUGGAGCUGAAUCACGGUCACAUUGUGACGGUUGCCAGCUCCCUGGGUUUAUUCAGCACAGCUGGAGUGGAGGAUUACUGUGCCAGUAAGUUUGGUGCCAUUGGGUUCCACGAGUCGCUGAGCCAUGAGCUAAAGGCCUCAGAGAAGGAUGGCAUCAACAUGACUCUGGUGUGCCCUUACCUGGUGGACACGGGAAUGUUCAAAGGCUGCAGGAUAAGGAAGGAGAUUGAACCUUUCCUGCCUCCUCUUAAGCCCGAGUUCUGUGUCAAACAGGCCAUGAGGGCAAUCCUCACUGACCAGCCCAUGAUCUGCACGCCUCGCAUUGUGUACAUGGUCAACUUCAUGAAAAGCAUCUUGCCCUUCGAGGCCAUCGUGUGCAUGUACCGGUUCCUGGGUGCCGAUAAGUGCAUGUACCCCUUCCUAGCUCAGAGAAAGGAGGCCAUGAACAACAAUGAGGCGAAGAAUGGGAUCUAGGGGGCGCUGUUUGUAACCAGAACAGAGGCACAUAAAACCUGCGCGCAUGAGGAAACAACCACUGAGGAUGAAAAUGGGAGAAGACUGAAGGAAGGAAGGAGACUGAAUCUAGACUGGUGCACUUGCAUUGAGCAAAUGCAAUGGUUUACCAUAUUGUUCCUCUGGAACAAAGAAAGCUGUGUACUACACAAAGGAUUUAUUUGACUUUGUCUUUUUUAAGUUUAAAGAAACCAACAUGUAUAUUCUGUGUCACUAGUUUUGAAAUCAUACAGAUAAAGGUAUUCAAUAAUUAACUAUUUACGUAAUGUAGUCACCAGCCUUAUCUAGUGUCAUUGUGGAGAUAUACAGUAUGUUACUGUACAAACAGUAAAAAAAAUUCACUUUUAUUUUAUUUUUGUAGACAUGCACUGUAAUUUCUGAUAUCUUUCUCUCUACACUGCCAGCAUUCUCUGUGUAGGAAGGUUCAACACAGCGUUUCAAUUCCCCUUUGUCUCCCCAUGCAGAGGCUCUUUUAAUGUUCAGCUUGGGCUGUUAACAGAUAAGCAAAAUGAAUAUUUCUCCAAUAAAGUUUACCAUAAUUUGUCAUUACGUACCUAAUUUUCAGACAUGUAGCAUAUAUGUUUAUAGUGAAGUCUACACAUUCCCGGUGGGACUUAGAAAGGCCAGAUUAAGGCUGAUGAAAUCAUCACAGGAGGGUCCAGGAGUCACGAGUUCUCAUCCAUUUAAUGGUCCAUUUAUUUCACGUCUGGAUCGACCAAAUCCUCAAACGAAUAGUUGGUGAAGGAGUCGAUGUCCUGGGUUGAGCUAGCAUGCUUGAUGCAUUCAGAAUGUACUGCUUUGGAAGAAACAGAGAGAUAAUGCAUUUUUGUUCUGAGAUCUGUGUUGUUUAUACUGUAAAUUUAUCUGUUACCAAUAUUCUUUGUCAAAAAUAACCCCCUCUAGCAGAUCUGCUUUCCCGACUCUGAUGUUUAGUUGAAGGAAAAGCAUGAAAGACACUACCGCUCCUUUUCUUUCCAAAGUAAACUCCUGCCCACUGUCCACCUUGUCCAGUUGAAGUGAAAUGUAAAUGUUUGAAUGUUGUGAAUACCCCCAGUACCCCAAAAUGACUGUCUGUCUCCACCAUAUUUGAUGUAUGAAUAUUUUAUAUACCUUUUUGGGACGACAAGAGUUUAUGAAUUUCAACUACAUUCCAAUGGGCGUCAUUCCUCCAGUCACAGCAAUGAGCCUAAAUUCUCUACCUCUUGAUUUUUGCCAUUUUUUAUUUUGACAGUAUGACAUAAGCCUCUUUUUUUGUAAUUUUCUGAGCAAAUGUGGUUCCAAUGUUUAGUGUCUCUACCUAACUUAAAUUAAUAAAAGUGAUUUAGAUUAUUAAA